AUGCAGGGCGACAAUGGAGUGGUUACCGUCGCCUCGAACCCAGCUUCUGCGCCUUCAGGGUUGAACGACGCCGCGGCGCAAAAAGCCGACCUUGUCCGCCCGCUUGCUGGGGCCACGAACAACACGGAGAGCGGGCUCAUUGCGCAGCUGAGUGGGAACCCCUUCUUUACUGCGGGGUUUGGACUGGCCGGUCUCGGUGCGCUUGCGACAUUGGGCCAAAGAGGUCUCCGACACGGAGCCGCCCUCGUCCGCCGCCGUCUCCUCGUCGAUGUCGAGAUCAGUGUCCGAGACGACUCCUAUCCUUGGUUUCUAUAUUGGAUGACACUACAUGAGCGAGCAAGACUGGUGGGAAAUAGCGCCCGGAAUGGGACCGGCGAUGCCGCGCAAGCCCAAACAGGUGUGCUGGAAUCAAUUCUGCAGCGCCUGACGCCGGGCAUGCGACACUUGGCGAUCGAGACGGAGAAACGAGAGCUACCCAAUGGCGCGAUCCACACGAAUUUUGUCCUCAUACCGGGGCCCGGCCGACAUGUCUUGCGCUACCGGAAUGCCUGGAUCUGGGUGAACAGGCAGAGAGAAUCCAAGCAGUUCUCCAUGGAUGGAAAGCCGUGGGAGACCGUCACGUUGACCACACUUUACUCGCAAAGACACGUCUUCGAAUCAUUAUUCAAAGAGGCUCAUGAUAUUGCGACGCAGUCCGUGGAGGGCAAAACGGUCAUCUACACGGCUUGGGGGACAAAGUGGGAUAAAUUCGGUCAUCCUCGCAGCAAGCGACCCCUCGAUUCGGUGAUUCUGGACCAAGGCGUCAAGGAAAGAAUCGUCGCCGAUGUCCAAGACUUUCUCUCCUCUUCCAAAUGGUACCACGAACGAGGUAUUCCCUACCGACGAGGCUACCUCCUCUACGGGCCUCCCGGAACCGGGAAAUCGUCCUUCAUCCAGGCUUUGGCGGGUCAUUUGAACUACGACAUUGCCAUGCUCAACCUCAGCGAACGCGGUCUCACAGACGACAGGCUGAAUCACCUGUUGACCGUCAUCCCUCAACGAACUUUGGUCCUCCUGGAAGAUGUCGACGCCGCAUUCGCCAAUCGCCGCCAAGUGGACAGUGACGGAUAUCAAGGCGCCAACGUAACCUUCUCCGGUCUCUUGAAUGCUAUGGAUGGCGUCGGCAGUGCAGAAGAACGGAUCAUUUUCCUGACAACAAACCAUGUCGAUCGGCUUGACGAAGCAUUAGUCCGACCCGGCCGAGUCGAUAUGACCGUACGAUUGGGCGAGGCUACGCGAUACCAAAUUGAGCAACUUUGGGAGCGCUUCUAUGGUGAUGCUGAUCCGAGCGGAAAGGCCAAGGCGGAGUUUUUCAACAAACUCGUCGCGGUGGGAGUCUUGUCCGAUACGUCUGCGAGGAACAGUCAGACGAGCAUGGCAGCCUUGCAAGGGUUGUUUCUGUACAAUAAAGGCCAUCCUCAAGGGGCAAUCGAUAUGGCAUGGCAGUUGGCGCCAGGUGAAUUGCCUAGUGCCUUGACCCAAUCGCAAGCUCGUGCCUCCUAG